GCGGGGGAGGGUCUGCUUCGGCCCUCCCCACCCUGCGAGGGUCCCACGCUGUCGGCCAGCAGGUUCCCUAGGGCGCGCGGCCCGAAGCAGCCCCCGCAGAGAGCUCGAGGGCUCGGCCCGGGAGCCCCUGCUGCCCCCGGGGACCCCGCAGCCCUCCGCGCCGGCCGCAGCUCGAGCCCAGCGGUGCGGAGAGGUGGGAGGCUGGAGCCUGCUGAGGUCAUUUCCUGUGCCUGUCCGCGAGCCCAGCCCGGCGCUCUGCCUUUAAGGAGCGGGAGGGGAGCCGGGGGCGGAGGGAGCCCGGCCCGGGCGCUGAAUGGGGCGCUCGGAGGCACGGCCGAGCUUUGUGCAGCGAGCCUGCGGGCAGCCCUACGGCUCCAGCCUCUCCCCGCCCCGCCCACCGCGACCCCUGCUGCCGGGGAGCGGAGACCCGGCGGCCGCUCGGGACGCCGGCGGGAGCGACGCAAGGUCAGCGGCGGCGGCGGCGGCGGCGGCGCGCCCAGGGCGCGCGUGAGCCCGGUGCGCGGCGGGGACGCACGCGAGCUCGCGGAAGCUUCCUGCCAGCGUGCACCCUGCAGCAGGUGAUGGAUCCCAGCCACCCAUUGUGGGAGACCUGGAUGGAGUUCCUGGCUCCUGGCUUUGGUCUGGCCCAGCUCUGGUUGUUGUGGGCUUUUGGGCAGUGAACCAGCAGGCCUCCCUGGAACAUCCAGAAGUUGUUUCCAUCAUGGCGGAAGUCAAGGUGGAGUCGCGGGCUAGCGUGGACUGGCAGAAACGCUGCCUGGCCCUGGAAACACAGCUUUUCCGGUUCCGCCUACAGGCCAGCAAGAUCAGGGAGCUGCUGGCUGACAAGAUGCAGGAGCUGGAGCAGAGGCUGCUGGAGGCGGAGCAGAGAGCAGAGAACGCGGAGACCCAGGUGGGCGUGAUGGAGGAGAAGCUGAAGCUGUGCAGCCUGAAGAACGUGGACGGCACAGGCAGCCUGCCCCGCAGGUACCAGGAGCUGCUGAAAGCCGUGCAGUGCAAGGAUGAGCUCAUCCGCCAGCUGCAGGCCCAGCUGGAGGCGCAGAAGCGAAUGAGAGCUGAGGAAGCAAAAAUCGUUCAAGAAAAAGCUGCAAAGAUCAAGGAAUGGGUGACACUAAAGUUAGCAGAGCUUGAAACGGAGAAUCAGCACCUGAAGAGUUGUAAUCGGCACCUGGUGGAGCAGGUGGGAGCCCUUCAGGAUGCACUAGAUGCUCUUCGGAUGGUGCCUUCAGGGAAGCUGAUGUCCUCCCAGGAAUCCCCAGAGCCGGAUUUUGUCCCUUCUGAGCCAGGCCCCCAGCCUGUGGGGCAGGACCCUGGUCCCCAGGCUCAGGGUUUCAAGGUGUCUGUGCCUGAAGAUUCUCCAGGGUCCCUGCAGAGCAGGGACCUUGUUUGUGAAGCAAGAAGCUCCUUGGAUGAUUCUAGUCCCAGUGUGAUCCAAUCUGGGAAAACAGCAGAGGCCCAGACGCUUCAACCCCAUCUGGGUAGAGAAGGCUCUCCCAGUCGGCUGUGCGUGAAAGCUCGCGCCCCGAGACGCGGCUCAGCCUCCUGGGGUGAGGGCCUGCUCACAGCUCGGGGAGGGCUGCUCCCUGGGACCAAGACCUCUGUCAGGGAAGGUGGUCCUGGCAGCAGCCUGACCCUCCCAAAGGCACGGGCUCCCGGCACCCCCCGGGACAGCAUCCAGCUGGCCAAGAGGCACCACAGCCAGCCCCAGGUGGGCCCUGGACACUUGGACCACACGGUGCGCAUUGAGAUCGGGGUCCUCCCGGUCCUGCACCCUUCUGGCCUUCCGAAGCUGAAGACUCCAGCUCAGAUCUGGGAAGAGCCAGAGAAGAUGGAGAUGGAGGAGCCGCUGCCAGCAGGGAAGAAGGACGUGAGAGCGAGCCUGAAGGCCCCCGGAAGCGAGCUGGAGGAAGUGGAGCUGGGGAGCACGCCGCCCACGCCGCCCCUGCACCGGUUUCCUUCCUGGGAGAGUCGGAUCUACGCCGUGGCCACGUCGGGCAUGCAGCUCUCGGAUGUGUCCCCCAGAAGUAAUGCUGCCUGCUGCGCUUCCAGCCCUCCUGCCCUCACGUCUCCUGGGCCUUUCUACAAGAAUGUCACUGUGCCUGUCUACACAGCUCUGAAGGGGAGAGCCAUGCAGAUCAGCAGUGUGCCCUUCAUGGACGAGUCCUCCGGCUCCGACGAUGACUGCAGCUCUCAGGCGAGUUUCCGGAUGUCCGUCCCCUGCUCUGAGUCCCGGAAGACCAGUGGGCUGGGCAGCCCUCGGGCCAUCAAGAGAGGUGUCUCCGUGUCCUCACUGAGCUCCGAGGGCGACUAUGCCAUCCCCCCUGAUGCCUGCUCACUGGACAGUGACUACUCGGAGCCUGAGCAUAAACUGCAGCGCACCUCAUCCUACUCCCCCGACGGGCUGGGCCCAGGCACGGAGUCGCUGGAGAAGUCGGGCUACCUGCUGAAGAUGGGCAGCCGUGUGAAGACGUGGAAGAGGCGCUGGUUUGUCCUGAGACAGGGACAGAUCAUGUACUACAAGUCCCCGAGUGAUGUCAUCAGGAAACCGCAAGGUCAAGUGGAUCUGAACUCCCGCUGCCAGAUUGUCCGAGGCGAGGGGGCGCAGACGUUCCAGCUCGUCUGCGAGAAGAAGACUUACUACCUGACGGCAGAUUCACCCAGCCUGCUGGAGGAGUGGAUCCGCGUGCUGCAGAGCCUGCUGAAGGUGCAGGCCACGGGGCCUCCAGCCCUGCCCCAGGGCGGCACCAAGCCCACCGUGAAGGGCUGGCUGACCAAGGUAAAACAUGGCCACUCCAAGCUCGUCUGGUGCGCUCUUGUCGGGAAGACCUUCUACUACUAUCGGAGCCACGAAGACAAGCGACCCCUGGGCCGUCUGCCCGUGCGGGAUGCGCGCAUCGAGGAAGUGGAUCGCUCGUGUGACUCAGAUGAGGACUACGAGGCUGGAGGAACUGGCCGGCUGCUGUCUUCCCACUGCACGCUGGUGAUCCACCCCCCAGAGCACAGCCCCACCUACCUCCUCAUAGGCACCAAGCAUGAAAAGGACACGUGGCUUUACCACCUCACGGUAGCUGCAGGAGGCAGCAGUGCCAAGGUGGGCACUGCCUAUGAACAGCUCAUUGGGAAACUGAUGGAUGGUGAGGGGGACCCAGACUCCCCACUCUGGAGGCAUCCCACGCUGUGCUACACCAGACAAGGGCUGGCCGCCUCCCUCACCACCCUGCCCUCCGAGGCCCUGCAGACCGAGGCCCUCAAGCUCUUCAAGUCUUGCCAGCUCUUCAUCAACGUGCCCGUGGAAGCUGCCUCGGUGGACUACCACGUGUCCCUGGCCCAGACGGCGCUGCAGGUGUGCCUCGUUCACCCCGAGCUUCAGAGCGAGAUCUACUGCCAGCUCAUGAAGCAGACCAGCUGCCGCCCCCCUCAGAAGUACUCCCGCAUGCAGUGCUGGCAGCUCCUGGCUCUGUGUGCCCCCCUCUUCCUGCCUCAGCAUCACUUCCUGUGGUACGUCAAGCAGCAGCUGCAGCGCCACGCAGACCCCCGGAGUGAAACUGGCCAGUAUGCCACCUACUGCCAGCGGGCAGUGGAGCGGACCCUGCAGACCGGGGAGCGAGAGGCCAGGCCGUCGCGCAUGGAGGUGGUGUCCAUCCUGCUGCGGAACCCCUUCCACCACUCCCUGCCCUUCAGUAUCCCCGUGCACCUGGCCAACGGGACUUACCAGGUGGUCGGCUUCGACGGCUCCUCCACCGUGGACGAGUUCCUGCAGCGGCUGAACCAGGAGAUGGGCAUGCGGAGGCCGUCGCACUCUGGCUUCGCCCUCUUCACGGACGAUCCUUCCGGCAGGGACCUGGAGCACUGCCUGCAGGGGAGUGUCAAGAUCUGCGACGCCAUCUCCAAGUGGGAACAAGCGCUGAAGGAGCUGCACCCCGGAAAGACGGAGGGGGGAACGCGUGUGGUGAAGCUGAUGUACAAGAACAGGCUGUACUUUCGGAGUCAGGUCAAGGGGGAGACGGAACGAGAGCGGCUGCUGCUCGCCUCCCAGACCAGCGGCGAGAUCGUGGCCGGGAGGUUUCCUGUCAACAAGGAAUUGGCUCUGGAGAUGGCUGCCCUGAUGGCCCAGGUGGAGUAUGGAGACCUGGAGAAGCCCGUCCUGCUGGGUCCCGGGGGCACACCCCCGGGCAAAGCUCAGCAUCUCCUCCAGCAAGUCCUGGACAGGUUCUACCCACGGCGCUACAGACAUGGGGCCCCCCCUGAACAGCUCAGGCACCUGGCAGAUACGCUGACCACAAAGUGGGCAGCCUUGCAAGGCUGUUCCGCUCCUGAGUGCAUCCGCAUCUACCUGACUGUGGCCCGGAAAUGGCCUUUCUUUGGUGCUAAGCUCUUUGCUGCUCAGCCUGCCCAGCUGUCUUCCAAGGAGGAGAGCCCUCUGGUCUGGAUCGCUGUGAACGAGGACGGCGUCAGCAUCCUGGACCACAGCACCAUGCAAGUGCACGUCACUUACCCCUACACUGCAGUGACAACCUUUGGUGGCUGCAAGGAUGACUUCAUGCUUGUGAUUAGAUCCAUUCCAGACCAGAGCUCUGGGAAAGGUCACAUUGAGAAGUUGACCUUCCGGAUGGCUGCUCCCAAGAUUGCAGAAGCUACCUUCAUCAUGGCCAGCUACAUGAACCAUCACUCUACAACUGUGUGCCCCCCCACAGAUCCCCCUGCUGUCCACCAGCCCUGGGACCUGGAUGGACGACAGCUCUUUGCCUCUGUUCCCUGCGCCACCAAGGGGCCAACGUUGCUGUGACUGUUUCUCCUGCCUCCUCCCCACCACCACUGGUGCCUCUGGAAUUGGAGAUGUGUGUCCUGGGGUGCGAUACUACUGUGAUGGGUCUCACGCCCGGCCUCACUUUGUUCUGUGACCCGUGUAUCUCGUGUCUGAGAAGCCUUUACUCUAGGUGCCUUACUUGUCUCAGAGCCCAGCUUUUAAAAAUGCAGACGCAGUGUAAGAACCAGUUAACCUUUUAUUCCCCACGAGAAUACUAACUCUGUAUGCUGCCUGAAUAGAGACCUCGACAGGCCGGUGCACCGUUAGCCAGGCCUCAGUGCCGACGUCAGGGCAGCUGGUAUUUCUCAUGCAGGUGGUCGUUACGUAGGGGUUUAUACUUGAAGUUUUCUCAACAUCCCUGAACAGAACAGGACUAAAACUCUGAUUUACCUGAACUGACAAAAGCCUGGAACUCACUAAAACUGGACUUUCUUUCCCACGUGGGAAAGGGCUAGCAGGGGUGGAAAGAAAAGCACUCCCUCUCCCCCUUUCCUGGAGUACAGGCCGCACUACUCCAUUCAGAGGGAAGCGCCUCUCCCUGGCCCCGCACUGUCCCCAGUGCCACACGGCCAGAGCGAGGGCAGGGGCCGGCAAGCCUGGCCUCAUUUAACAGCUGCACCAGGCUCAGUGCUGCAGGAUGAGGUGGUCAGUUUCCUGCCCUUCUUUUGCUGCUCUGUGAGGCUACUGGACACACAGACUCACUGCGCUCAGGGGCCUCGAGACUUCCGGUGAACUUGCACUGGGAAUUAGUUUCCGGGCAAGGGCGUGUGCGUGUGCGUGGUACCUGCACAUGAGCAUCAGGUGAGGAAGCCAAGUUGCUUUCACCUUUUCCCUUCCUUUUUUUUUUUUUGACAGAGUGGACAGAGAGAGAGACAGAGAGAAAGGUCUUCCUUUGCCGUUGGUUCACCCUCCAAUAGACGCCACGGCUGGCGCGCUGCGGCCGGCGCACCGCGCUGAUCCGAUGGCAGGAGCCAGGUGCCUCUCCUGGUCUCCCAUGGGGUGCAGGGCCCAAGCACUUGGGCCAUCCUCCACUGCACUCCCUGGCCACAGCAGAGAGCUGGCCUGGAAGAGGGGCAACCGGGACAGAAUCCGGCGCCCCGACCGGGACUAGAACCUGGUGUGCUGGUGCUGCAAGGCGGAGGAUUAGCCUCUUGAGCCGCAGCGCCGGCUAACCUUUUCCCUUCCUGACUACACUGUGACCUGAGUGCAGAGGAGAUAGUCUUUGUUUACACCCUCCCUGACAGAAGAAAAGAAAACGAGAGUUCAUGCUCAGAUUUUCCAGCAUCGGAGAAACAGUUUUGUUUCCAAGCCCUAAGACAGCCUUAGCACUUGUCAGUAUGGUGUUGGAAACUGUAUAGGUUUGGCAGUAGCACCCAAGAUCCACGCCUUUAGCCCCAGCAGUGUGUGUGUGUGUGUGUGUGUGUGUGUGUGUGUGUGUGUGUGUCUGUGACACUGGCUGGAAGUUGCUUCCGUGAACGCCUCCGCUGCUCAAAGCUCCCUUCUCACCCACACACUGACCAGGCAGAUGGAAAAAGAAACGCGCCACUCUGACUCUUGUACAUGACCCUGACUUUGCAAGACAGUUGGUUUUAAGGCCAUCUUUGUUCCCAUCUUCCCCUCUCAGGAUUUGGGGAUCUAGCUGGACAUCUCUACCUCGCACAAGGCACAUGUUCCACUGGCUCCCAGAUAACCCCCUCCCCCAAAGCCAGAUAAAAGGCGACGGUUCUGAUUUUAUAGUAUCUUGAGUGUCUCUUAGGCCAGUAAGGAUAAUGUUGUAUACCCAUGGAGUUUCAAAACCAGGUUUCCAAAGACGGGGCAAACAUAAAUGAGGCAGUGCUCAUACUGAACUUGGGGGUCAAACUAUUUCUCCCACCCUCUGCUUACCGCCCUUCAGGAGACACUGCCUUGGAAACAGAGGCUUCGACUGUUUGCUUAUUUAUCCAACUUUGACGCAAGGAUUCCACGUCUGGAAACCAGAGUCGCAUUUCCGUCUUGCCUUUGUCUCACCUCUCUUGGCAAAAGCAGCUUUCACAAUGGUAAAAAAAGCUGAGUAACAGAAAAGUAUUAAUGUGCUUGACACCCAUGACUGAAAUGCCAGGAUCAUGUCUGUCAAUAAAAAGCAGCUGUCUGUGA